AGGGUCCUUUAAACACCCACCCCAGCAUGCGUCAUCAAUACAAACCUAACGUCUCAAACAUCUUGGAUUAAUCGACACAUGCUUUCAAACAUCGAUACGAAGAGGACGCAUCAGUGUUGUUUUGUUAAAAAUAAUUAACGACCGAUUUGCGUCCAUCUUUGAGACAGGGACCAUAACGGUCCGGCACUUAGUAGCAUCCGUCUGGAAACAAGAACCCCAGAGCCGCCGAUGCAUGAGGUCCUUCUGGAUCUGGAUCCUUCGUUAACAGAUUGGCUCCCUGAACCCCGCAGGGCUGGAGCAGCUUUAUUUACAAAAAUGGUGAACCAAGUUCAACAAGUGGAUGGCUGCUGGCAUUCAUGUAAAGGCGACUCGAGCGCAGCCAGCAACAGCAGCGGGGAGAGCUCCAAGGAGAGCUCUCGAUGCUCAACGCCAGUACUAGAUGCAGAUCGCAUUGACCGACUGCGAGAAAAGAUGAGGAAGAGGAUUGAUUCUGGAGAUCAUUGGUUCUCUCUGGAGUUCUUUCCUCCUCGCACAGCUAGCGGGGCUGUCAACCUCAUCUCAAGAUUUGACCGAAUGGGUUCUGGAGGACCCCUCUUUAUUGAUAUCACCUGGCACCCAGCUGGAGACCCAGGCUCAGACAAAGAGACCUCAUCUAUGAUGAUUGCUAGCACAGCAGUGAAUUACUGCGGCCUGGAGAGCAUCCUCCACCUCACCUGCUGCAACCAAACCAAGGAGAAGAUCACAGGCUACCUGGCUAAAGCAAAGCGUCUGGGGCUGAAAAACAUCAUGGCUCUAAGGGGAGAUCCAGUGGGAGACGACUGGGAGGAGGAGGAAGGAGGCUUCAGCUACGCCGUUGACCUCGUCAAACACAUUCGAUCAGAGUUUGAUGAAUACUUUGAUAUUUGUGUUGCUGGCUACCCAACAGGCCACCCUGAGGCAGAAAGCUAUCAGCAAGAUCUCCAGCACCUGAAGCAGAAAGUGGAUGCAGGGGCGGACUUUAUCAUAACACAGCUAUUUUUCAGGGCUGACACGUUCUUGAAGUUCCUAGAUGACUGCAGGGCAAUUGGCAUCACGUGUCCCAUCCUACCUGGAAUCUUUCCUAUUCAGGGAUACCAGUCUUUACGUCAGCUUGUCAAGCUGUCUAAACUUGAAGUACCAGAGGAGAUCACCAAAGUAAUUGAACCCAUCAAAGAUAACGAUGCUGCUAUCCGUAACUAUGGAAUCCACCAGGCAGUGGGGAUGUGUCGCGAACUGCUGGACAGCGGAAAGGUACCUGGCCUCCAUUUUUACACACUGAACCGAGAAGUUGCAACCAUGGAGGUCCUCCGACAGCUGGGCCUCUGGAUAGAAGACCCCAGGCGUCCUCUUCCUUGGGCUGUUAGUGCCAACCCUAAACGGAAAGUGGAAGAUGUCCGACCCAUUUUCUGGGCCUCAAGACCAAAGAGCUAUAUCUACAGGACACAGGACUGGGACGAGUUCCCCAACGGUCGAUGGGGAAACUCUUCAUCUCCAGCUUUUGGGGAGCUUAAUGACUACUACCUGUUUUACUUAAAAAGUAAAUCCUCUAAGGAAGCCCUUCUCCAGAUGUGGGGAGAGGAAUUAAAGAACGAACAAAGCGUCUUUGAGGUCUUCACAUGCUACAUCACUGCCCAGCCAAACCGAAUUGGACAGAGGGUGAUGUGUUUACCCUGGAACGAUGAGCCAUUGGCCCAAGAGACCAACCUUUUAAAAGAUGAGCUUGAGAAGGUGAACAAACGUGGAGUCCUCACUAUCAACUCUCAGCCCAAUAUCAAUGGCAAACCCUCCACAGACCCCAUAGUAGGCUGGGGUCCGCCAGGGGGAUACGUCUUUCAGAAGGCCUACCUUGAGUUUUUCACCUCUAGUGAAAAUGUCUCGGCUCUCCUCAAGGUCCUGAAGAAAUACGAGCCUCGUGUCAACUAUCACAUUGUCAAUGUGCACGGACGUAACAUGACCAACGCACACGAGAUGCAGCCCAAUGCGGUUACAUGGGGCAUCUUCCCAGGCAGAGAGAUUGUCCAGCCCACUGUGGUCGACCCAGUCAGCUUCAUGUACUGGAAGGAUGAGGCCUUUGCUUUGUGGAUCGAACAGUGGGCCAAACUCUACGAAGACGAGUCGCCGUCACGAAUGAUCAUCAAAUACAUCCAUGAUAACUACUUCCUGGUCAAUCUGGUGGACAAUGACUUUCCUCUGGAGAACUGUCUAUGGCAGGUCAUCGACGACAUGUUCGAGCUCCUGGACGCUCCGCCCGACGUGCUCAGCGAUGGGGCCGUUUCAGAAUAAACUACUGUUUGAAAGAACCUGUUUAGGAAAGAAAUCAUUCAGGAUCCUUUCUCAUUUCACAGUUUUUAAGUGCCUUAGUAAAAUGCUAAUGUAUUUAACUGAAUUUUUUAUAGUGUUUUGUAGAUGCUGAGUGAAUAUGUUAACAUGGAAAAUGUUCUGUUUCAGGUAAAUAGGAAAUGCAGCACAUUUUAGUUAUGGAGCAAUACAGCGACUUAAAAAAAUCUGCGACAUGAUUAGGAAAGAAAACUAAAUGUAUUUUAUGUAGCACCAGUUUAUAACUAAUGAUGUCUGAUACAGACGGAUCCAGUGAGUAUGAGAAAUAUAUUUUCUCAUUUCAAUCUGAUAAACAGAUUGAGUUGCAUACAUGCCAAUAUUUUUCAAGUUAUUAAGCUGUUUGAAGGGAACCCUGCGAAGUGUCUUUAAUCACUGACGAAUGGCAAUACCUCCUGAAUGAACCUGUAGAGAGAGGACUGGUAGUAAGAUAUGUUGGAUGAGAGGAGAUUACAGUUAGUUGCAGCAAUAGCUCCUUUAUUCUUCUCUCUGAAAGAGUGAUGGGGCUGGAACAUGAGCUUACAGGCGGCAAUAGCUCAGCUGAUGGAUCUCUGGAUGGUGUCAAAGCUCAGCAAAAGUAAAUGAGGGAGUCAAAACGAAAAAAAACAUGUUUACAAAAAAAUAACAAAUAUGAAAAUACCUAAGCACGCACAACUAAAAGCUUGUUAAAGGAAUUUGCAAAUGUAAAAGAUUUUUUCAUACCUGUAUUUUUUUUUUCAGCUGACAUUUUUCUUCCAAACUGCAAGCGGGUCAAAUUUAGAUUAAGUUACACACUUUCCACUUUUACCCUAAUUACAAUAAACUGGUAAAAAAAAAAAAAGGUUUCUCCAAGGAAACCCCAGCAAAUUGUAAUUAGUCUCUGACUAUGCAGCAAUCUAUCAUUUUCCUUGUUUUUUUAACCUCUUUUUGCUUGUGGUUAUUAUUUUAGUUGUGUACCACAACAUGUUUUUUUUUUUUUACUAACAACAGCUAAGAGAAGUGUUUUGGUUUGCCUAAACUUGCAUCAUCUUGUGUUGCCAAUUCAAAACCAAUUGGUGAAGGGAAAUAUAGGCAUAAGCAGAAAUAUUUCUGAAUGAAUGGUUUAUAUUGUUCUUUUAGUUUUUUUUUUAUUCUGUAAAAAAAUCCUUUUGCUUGAUUUAUAUAUCAAAAGAAAUGUGUCUUAAUGGCUCUUUUCCCAUAAGGUGAGCAGUUGCCUUUAUACAAUAUGCAGUUUUCCUUUGAGGUUUGGAGUCUCAUUUCUCUUUACAAAAAAUGAAAACAAAACAGUCUCAUAAAUAAUGAAUAUGUCAUGUUUUCUUUGUUCUAAUAAGUUUUUCAUUGUCUUUUUUUAGAAUUCUGUGAGGUUUGAGUGUUACCUAAGCUUUUACACAUUUUAAUCAUGCAAUAUUAGAUGUAGAGUGAGGCUUUUUAAUGUGAUAAUGGCGCUUUCAGAAAAUCUAUCAACUGCUUUGAUAUGUUUGAACGGUGCUUUGUUUUUUUUUUUCCUAUAUAGAAAUGCUCUUAAAUUUGAUGGAGAAAAAAAAACUAAAAUAUGA